AAAAAGUUAAUUUUGUGUUACAACAGAAGUCGCUGUUCUUAAUUUGACGGCGUAGAAUGGCAGAUAUGGAGAAAGUGAAUGAGAAGGAGAAGGAGAAGGAGGAGGAGUUGCCGACGCCGCCCUCAGACGUCACCGAUCUGGUUGAGGACGAUGCUAACGAUAUGGCGCCGGUGGAUCAAAUUAACAAAGGCAACAUAAGUGCAUAAGUAAUAUAUAGGAGUAUUAUCUAUCACCAUAUAAAAAAAUAUCGUUUGCUCAAAUAAAAUUAAUUGCUUUUGAAUAUUUAGUGUAUUUGAAAUAGGAGAAUCCUUGUGCUAUUUGUAAUGUUCCUUGCAUAUUGUUUCACUAAAGUGACCAAUCUAUAAUGCUCAUAUUUAUCAUGGGAUAAGAUGGAAAUAGAAAGUGUUAAUCUUUUUAUGAGACGAAUAGAGUAUAUAAAAACCACACAAAUUUUUUUAUACACACAUAUGUAUAACUAUAUCAAAUGCCUAGACAAGAUUAAAAUGUUCAUGUUUUAGUAUAUUAUGCAAAAACGUUGAAUUUAAUUUGUUGCAGAAAGUAAGGUUGGAGAGCUAGAGGAGGAGAGUAGUGAGACGAUGAGGAAUGAAUUAGAAAAGGGGAGUAGUGCACAAGCAGAAGAAGAUGGAGACGAUAGAGUUUGAAGUGAAAUAUGUGGACAAUGGGGAAAAAGAGAUUGAAUUGGUGUUGGAUUUGGGCAAGUUCAAGAGAUAUGCUCCACACUGCCACAACUGCAACCAUCUGGCUACUAAACUUAUUCUUCGUCGUAAGAUUCUUGAUCCGAAUCAGAAUCAGAAUCAGACAAAAAAAUAUUGGUUUGUGAUAUGGUUUGAGUUUUUCGUCGUUUUGAUUUGGGGGAAACCGGAUCUCACUCCACCCAACCAAGUUCAUCAACCUGCAGGUUCUGGAAAGAAUGUAAACAAAGAAGGUCUACUUCCAACAAUCAACCUACAAAACAAAAAUGGAAAUGAACCUAAGAGAGAUACUGGAAAAAUCGAAAACGAAGAAGGUGGAAAAGAUCAACUUCCAUCAAUCGACCAACCGGACGAAAAUGAACAUGAGCCUAAAGGAGAUAUUGGAAAAGAUGAAAAUGAUGGAAAACACAAGGAAGAAGGGGGAAAAGAUAAACAUCCAUCAACUGACAAACCAGACAAAAAUGAAAAUGGAGAAUUACGAAAGAAGAAGAAAAAGGAGAAGAAGCAAAAGACUGGGAGUGAAUCAGAAUCAAGUGAUAGUGAAGCUGAUACAGAUGAGGAGGAGAUGAAACUGAAGAUUCUAGACUUACUUGAAAGAUGAAAGACUUUGUGGUCGUCUAAAAAUAGUGGAGAUCUUAAAAUGCAUUGUGUACGGAGGUCUAAUCGAGUCCAUCACCAGCUUGAGCGUCGUCGCCUCUGGGGCCGCCACAGAUGCCU